UUUUCAUUGGUUACAUUCUCAAGUCCCCUGUGUUUCUUAGCAUCUGCUGUUGUUUGUCAAUGGAGGAUCGAUGGAUGUAGGUGCGAACCGGGGGUUUUCAAUGGGAGAAAAUGAGUUGAAUAAUCAGAAACAGGGCCAUCCUACAUUGAAGUAAUCAUUCAGUAAGCAAGCAGACCGAAAUGAUGGGCAGAUGACACCAUGAUGUUACUUUAGGAAAUAAUUUUUACAACACAAAAUGGGUGACAGUGAGUUGAAUCUGAGCAAGCUAACCGCUAGCUUAGAGGAGCUGUCACUACGAAAACAGCUGCCUCUUAGGCAACAAGCUCAGAAACCUGUGCUCAAAUAUAACACAACGAUUACAAAGCCUGUCCAUCUAUUCAGCCAGUCUGAUGUUGUCUCCCUGAGAAGAGAGCGACAACGAGAAAGUUCACCAUCACCACCAUCCCGACAGGCAGCUGUUAACGGUGCUCUUCAAAGUCGCAGAUCCAAUCAUAGUCUAUCACCAGUUCGCUCCAAUGCUUCGUCAGUGUCCUCCAAUAGUUGUGCACAAGUACAGCAAGCUAAACCAAAUGGAAACCCGUAUGCACGUCCGGUUAGUGCAAAAGAGGUUGCUGAAGAUAUCCUUGGCCAUACUGUUAAGAAGAAUCCAAGCACAUCAUCAGUCUCCAGCAUCAGUAAUGCCAGCAAUGGAGUGUUGCAGCUGAAUUCCUUCAUGAGACCACAGAGUGCUGCCAUGAAAGAGAAGUUUGAUCAAGCCACUAAAAAAGCGACGUCGGCUAGAAAAAACAAACAAAAACUUGAGAAAACAGCUGCAACAGAGAUUUUUCAUGAUCUUAACAGAAAUGAAGUUCAUUUAGAAAAUGGUUAUGAUUUGAAAUCCGGGUUACAAAAUGGACAUGACAAGCUGUUAAAAAAACCUCCCGUCGGAAAACAAGAUGUUCGCGGACACAAGUCAGGUCAUGCAACUGAAAUUAAAAAGGUCAGAAAUUUGAAUUACACACCAACCAGACCUUAUAGUGAGGUGAGCGACACAGAUUCUGAUAGCCCAAAAGAUUCAGACAACAAGCCAAGUAGUCGUAGUGUUAUUAUUUCUCAUGCCAAAGCAAGCUCUCCUACCAGAUCUGUUCCCCCGCAAACGGUUCCGGUAGCUUUGAAGCCUACCCUGUCAAACAAACACUCCAGCAGAUCUCCGCAAAGUUUGACAGCGACAACAACAAUGAACUCAGACAUGAGUACUUUGGGGAGUGCCAAUGGGAGGAAAAUGCCUGUAACUAAUACUGUGACUGGAACAGUUUAUUAUAAAAAGGGGUCCAAAGCAGAAGAAAUUAUUCAUGAGCAGAGACCAAAAGCAGAUGGUGCUCCUGCUGUCCCGAAGAAGAUCACGGAGAAAGAUGCGGAGGAGGAAGACGGAGAAGACGAGUACGAGGAUGAAGGUGAAUCGGACAUCUGUUCACCAUCAGGUGAACGUCUUCCCGGUGAUGGUGAAGCAAGCUACGAUGAUGAUCUUGACGAAGAAGAUGACGGUAUUGAUGGGCUUGACGACGACUGCGUGGGCUCCGACAUUGAAGGGGAAUCUGAUGGCUUCUCGGUUGCCAGCAGCCUAUCAAGACAUUCAACUCGCAGUUUCCGUUCAAACAAACGUCCCACAACCAGCCUCACCUCAAAUAGACCAGCCCAUGUGUCCGAGGAACGACAGAAGACGUUUCUCCGUCCAGUCACAGCCUCAACAAGUGAUUCCCAACCGAAGCCUGCUCUUCGACCGUCCCUCUUUCCUAACAUCCCUCCAACCAUCAACUUUGUGUCUGAAGGAGAGAAAGUUGAACAACUGCCCUGGGAUAUCAGAAAGCUGCUCAAGUGGCGGAUGAGCCCCAUCACACCUAAUAUUGUCAAGUCAGCACUUUCCAGGAUCGGCUUUCGAAUAACAAAAAAAAACCAUGACUGGUUGGGAUGUUUUGGGAAGCAUAUGAAAUCUCAGGGAUUCAAGGCCAUCCGAGAAUAUCAGAAAUUGAACCAUUUCCCCGGCUCUUUCCAAAUCGGCCGCAAGGACAGACUAUGGAGGAAUCUCUCCAAGAUGCAGGUGCAUUUCGGCAAGAGGGAGUUCGGCUUCUUCCCACAGACCUACGUGCUGCCACAGGAUCUGAAGCUGCUGAAGAGGGCUUGGGAGGAUGGGGGCAGCAAACAGAAGUGGAUCAUCAAACCGCCUGCAUCAGCGCGUGGCAUCGGCAUCAAGGUGAUACACAAGUGGACGCAGAUCCCCCGCCGGCGGCCGGUCAUAGUGCAGAGAUAUUUGGGAAGACCAUACCUGAUCAACGACAGCAAGUUCGACAUGCGUGUAUAUGUGUAUGUCAGCUGCUAUGAUCCACUCAGAAUCUACAUAUUUGAAGAUGGCCUCGCACGAUUCGCUUCUUGCAAGUACUCUUCCUCCAUGAAGUCGCUGAGCAACAAGUUCAUGCAUCUCACCAACUACAGCGUCAACAAGAAGAACACGGAAUACGUCAGCAACGCUGAUGACUCCGUGUGCCAGGGUCACAAGUGGAGUCUGAAGGCGCUGUGGAACUACCUGAAGAGACAGGGGAUCAACACGGUGGGGAUCUGGGACAGCGUCAAGGACCUGGUGGUCAAGACCAUCAUCAGCUCAGAAGCGCCUAUCAACAGCAUGAUCAAGUCGAAUGUGCGGAGUCGAUACUGUGUCCACGAGCUGUUUGGUUUUGACAUCCUGCUUGAUGAUCACCUCAAGCCCUGGAUCCUGGAGGUCAACAUCUCCCCCAGCCUGCACUCCAACUCACAGUUAGAUGUCAACAUCAAGGGGCAGAUGAUCAAGGACUUGAUGAACAUUGCCGGCUUCCGGGUCCCGGACAAGACGGACAUCACGCACGUCAAUUCCAGCGCUUCCUGCGACUUGAGCGCCCAUGUCCCCUCAAGUGACUACUGCAUGGACAAGAGGCUGUACUCGCAGCAGUUCGCCCCGGACGAGCGGACCAAGCAUGCCUACUACUGUCAGAGACACCAGGAUGAGCAAGCAAUGCAGACUAUCAUGGACACUCUGACGCCCAAUGAUGUGCGAACUCUGACGGAAUGCAUCGACGAGGACAGUCGGAAGGGAGGGUACCAGCGGAUUUUCCCCACUCCGUCGACUCACAAGUACCUGCGCCUGUUUGAGCAGCCUCGCUACAACAACCUCCUGCUUGACCAGUGGGUUCAGAGAUUCAACCGCAUGGAACAGAGAGGUAUCGCCAUGCUGCAGGCAUUUUGCGGGGAGGGACUCCAUCUAGAGAACCCCACGGACAGUCCCAGUCAUCAGUGGAACCCGCCAAAUUCCUCCAUUAUGACGUUCCGCGACUCCCGCAUGUACAGCGCUCCGGCAACAAAGAACGACAAACUGGAAAGCAAUCUAAAACUGAGUGCCUCCACAUCACAGCUUCCCAAGGUGCCUCGGAGGGGGCCACGCCCCCUCCCCCCACGAUCUCUCUCCCAGACCAGUAGCACGUCCUCCCUGGGCCCCGCCUUCACCCCAGGCUCUACCCAGCCCUCAUCGCCAGCCACCCGACCAGGCCAACCUCAGUCAACCAGGUGACAUAAUAUCCGUCUACCCCCUCUCAAAGAUAUCUUCAACGGAAGAGAGCCUAUGUUUGCAUCCAGGCGCUACCAGCGCCACAACCUUCAGCAGCCUCUUCCCCAUCGUCUCGCUCGAACAACUCGAUCAGCAAAGAAGCGAAGGCCAAAUGACCUUCUUUCCAAGUCGGAUCAGUUUUUCUUGUCAUAAGCUCAUCGUCAUCCACAAAAUCAUGUUUUGUUCACUUAUCUUCAUUGUUGGGUCAAAGCUUACUGAUCAGGUCCAGUGUCUUAGGAUCUUAACAUAAACUGAUUGUCAGGGCCACUAAGCUUGUUUAGUGAAACAGAACCCUUAGCAAGAUGGAAGGACCAUGUUUCAAGAUCAUAUCAGUGCUUGUAAUUGACCUUAUUCUGUCAAAGAUGCAUACAUUUUAAUUGAUUUUACACUUUAUAGUGUAUAGCAACUAUAAGUUUUCAAAAACAUUUUAAAAAUAUUUUUAACUUGUCCCGCAAUUAAUUAUAGAUAGCUUGGACUUUAAAAAAAAUUGGACUUUUUUAAGUUCAUUUGUAACAUAGUUUUAAGCAUUUCAGGGUUCACUCAAAGUUUAUCAUGAUCUCAGUUAAAGUGACGAUAUUUUUUCAAAACACUAAACAUAUCAAUACCUGUCUCAUUCCUGAUUUUGUUCUAAGAAUAUAUUUUAAAUGUAUAUUUGUAAGAGAAUUCAUGCAUAAUAUGCGAAAUGUUAUUCCAUGCUUUGCUGUGUGAUACAGACACAAUGAUGCCUUUGAAUUGUAUUUGCCAAAAAGUUACGUCUCUCCGUCGAUGUAUGUAAGAAUGUGAGUGUUUGUUUAUUAAACCAAGAUGUGGUUCAAUCUCAUUAAAAUCAGAUCUUAGUUCUCGCUACCGCAAAACAAAGAUCUGAAGACAUCCCAUUUGGGGUCACGUCAGA